CGCGACAAAUGUCUCAAAACGCUACAACCACAAGCACCACUGGAAAUAACUGUAAGCAUUUUAUAGGUCAAUUACCAUUGAACAGCUCGAAGGUUGGAGUGUCCCUUUUCUGACAGGGGGUGGGCUAUUCCAUAGAGCAGCGUACAACACCAGCGGUGCUGGCACAGUUUUCAAGGCAGCCUGGGAGCAAGUUUGGAUUUCACUGAAAUCCACAACGCUGGUCUUUUUUUUGUGUGUGUGGAAACUGUACAGAGUUACACACAAUAAAUACAAAUGGACGGUUUUCUGAUGAUUUUAGCAGUCCUGCUCGUUGCAAAACCAGUUUUAGGGUUUGGAAUGGAUCCUGAGUUACACAUUGAUAUUAUCACCGAACUGGAUUUAGUCAAUGCAACUGCUGGAGUAAUCCAAGUGGCCGGACUACAUAACAAUAGCAAAUCAUUUUUGUUUCAAGAUACGGCGAGAGAAGUCCAAGCCUCGCCACACAUAGCUGAGAAAGUGAUUCAGCUGUUUAGGAAUAAAAGUGAGUUCACGUUCCUGGCAGCUGUCCAGCAGAAGUCAUCAACGUCGGGGGUCAUAUUCUCCAUCCUUGAGUCAGAAGACAGUUAUUUUGAACUGGAGAGCAGCGGGUUACGAGAUGAAAUCAGAUACCACUACCGGUUUAAUGGGAAACCCAGAACAGAAGCAUUCCCUUAUCGCUUGGCAGAUGGACAGUGGCAUAAGAUUGCGCUUUCAAUCAGCGCUUCUCAUCUGCUACUCCACGUGGACUGCAAUCGAAUUUAUGAGCGUGUUAUAGACCCUCCACAAACUGAUUUUAUGCCAGGGAGCACUCUGUGGCUUGGUCAGCACAACAGAAAACAUGGCUUAUUUAAGGGUACUAUUCAAGAUGUUAAAAUCAUUUUUGCUCCGAAUGGAUAUAUUGCACAGUGCCCAAACCUUAAUCGCACCUGUCCAACAUGCAGUGAUUUCUUGAGUCUUGUGCAAGGCAUCAUGGAUCUUCAGGAAACUUUGGCUAAGAUGACUAUAAAAUUAAAUUAUGCGGAAACAAGACUAAUCCAGCUGGAGAGUUGCCACUGUGAAAAAUCCUGCAAGGUGAACGGAGUAGUCUUUAAAGACAAACAGUUGUGGGUGGAACCAGAAAACUGCAGAAACUGUGCUUGCAAGAAUGGUGUGGUGGAGUGCAGGAGAAUCCUCUGUCCUCCUGCUAACUGUUCUGCAGGCUCGCUUCCAGUACACGUUGAAGGCAAAUGCUGCAAAGAAUGCAGGCCCAAAUGUAUCUACAUGGGAAAAGUCUUGUCAGAGGGACAGCGAGCCUUAACUAAAAGUUGCAGAGAAUGCAAGAAUGGGAUGAUGAUAAAAGUGACUGAGAGCUGCCCAGCUGUUAACUGCACAGAAAGUGAACGUAUUCUACCGGAAAACAGAUGCUGUAAUGUUUGCAGAGGCUAUGACUUCUGUGCUGAAGGACAUAACUGUGGCGAAAACUCAUUAUGCAAAAACUGGAAAACCAAGGCUGUCUGUGAGUGCAAGAGUGGCUUCACUCCCACCCCUGGAGACUUGGCAUACUGUGAAGAUAUUGAUGAGUGUGCAGCAGAGAUGCAUUAUUGCCAUGCUAACACUGUUUGUGUUAACCUCCCUGGAUCUCACCGCUGUGAUUGCAUCCCAGGGUAUAUAAGAGUGGAUGACUUCUCCUGCACAGAACAUGAUGAAUGUGCAAGCGGACGGCACAACUGUGAUGAGAAUGCAAUCUGCACCAAUACCAUCAGAGGACACAGCUGCACCUGCAAGCCAGGAUACAUGGGCAACGGAACCAUCUGCCUAGCGUUCUGUGAAGAAGGCUGCAGGAGUGGGGGGAUAUGUGUGUCACCGAACAUGUGCCUCUGCCCUUCUGGAUUCAUAGGAAGUCAGUGUGAAAAAGAUAUUGAUGAAUGUGCUGAAGGGGUCCUUCGGUGCCACAGACACUCGCGCUGUAUCAACCUUCCAGGCGGGUACCACUGUGAGUGCCGAAGUGGUUUCCAUGACAACGGCACCUACUCUCUUGAUGGAGGGUCUUGCAUUGACAUUGACGAAUGUGCUACAAGAACACACACCUGCUGGAAUGACUCUGCUUGCGUUAACUUGGAGGGCAGCUUUGACUGCUUGUGUCCCACCGGGCCCUCCUGCUCUGGGGACUGCCCCAACAAAGGAGGGCUCAAACGCAACGGCCAGGUCUGGACUCUGAAGGAAGAUAGAUGCUCUGUGUGCUCUUGCAAGGAUGGGAAGAUUUUCUGUCGGAGAACCGCAUGUGACUGCCUGAACCCCAAUGUUGACCUUUUCUGCUGUCCAGAGUGUGAUUCCAGAGUGACAAGCCAGUGCUUCCAUCAGAGUGGGCACAAGGUGUACCGCAGUGGGGACAAUUGGACAUACAGCUGCCAGCAUUGCAGGUGUUUGGAGGGGGAAGUGGAUUGUUGGCCUCUUGCCUGCCCGGUUGUGGACUGUGAGUACACGGCUGUCUCAGAGGGAGAAUGCUGUCCUCGCUGCGUCAGUGAUCCGUGCCUUGCUGACAACAUUUCAUACGACAUCAGAAAAACCUGCUUGGAAAGCUAUGGAAUCACACGGCUCAGUGGCUCGAUAUGGACAAUGGCUGGAUCGCCCUGCACUACAUGCCAGUGCAAGAAUGGCAGUGUCUGUUGCUCAGUGGAUUUAGAAUGUCUUCAGAAUAACUGAGUCACCUUCUUUAGACUCACAGACUGAAUGGUCAUCUGUGACAAUUGCCAAAGUCUCCACAUAAGGAAGCUGUCUGGAAAUUCUGCUUCGAAGGACCUGUUGUAAUACCCUGUUCCGUUGUCCUUGAAAGACACUUGAACUUCCAAUUUGAUAGAAAUUGUCAUUCUUAAAUGUCGAAACCAUUCUUACUCAUUCAAGGUCUGUUAAAUGUGUUGUAUAAUUGGUUUCACAUUAUUUGAAGAGUGAAUUCACAAAGGGGAAAGUUAUUUAACCCAUGUUGCUAUAGUUGCAUAAAAAUGCGUCACUUGUUAUUGUUUAGUGUGUGUGUGUGUGUGUGUGUGUGUGUGUCUGUGUAUAUAUAUAUACAGGUAUCAUAUAUACAGGUAUCAUGUUUUUUGCUGCGAUAGACUUUUUUUUUUAUUGAUUAUUGCAUCAUCUCAUUUUUUGGUUUCCAUUAAAUACUAUUAAUGUACGACU